AUGUCUGCACAGCAAACUUUUCACAACGAUUCAACCGCUUUUGGCGUGAGUAAUUCAUAUACACCAGGUCCUCGAUCAUCAACUCAACGACCUCCAUUGUUUAGAAAAUCACGCCCACGAAAAACUUCUUUUCAGGGUGACCAAAUAACUCCGGAUAUGCGUCCGGUAUUACAUCUGUUUGAUGUUUUUUCAAGAAAGCUUUAUAUGGAGGGUUACCUAUGUAGACAGGAUAUUUUAUCUAAUAAAGGUAGUCAACCUAAUAGUACUGUAUGGACAGAAUUUUAUGCGGAAUUGUGUGGUCCUAUUCUAAGCCUUUGGAAAAUAGAAAAUAACUCUGAUUCAGGUCAGCUAGAGGUCGUCCAAACUCCAAUUGUUAUAAAUGUAUCUAAUUAUUCCACGGAUAUUUGUUCUUCGGGGUUGGAUGAUGGAUCACAGAGGAAUAACGCGUUUUUACUUAGUGCUGGUCCAGGUGACAAAUUUUAUCUUCAGGCCGCAGAUGAUUCGUUGCUUAAAUUGUGGGUUAGCGCUAUCCGUUUGUCAUGUUAUGAAGGUUCAAGAUUGCAGGAAGUUUACACUGCAACUUUACUAAAACGUACGGGGUUGAGAGAGCUUCUUACUGGUACAGUGUUAGUGAAGGGGAAAUUGGAAGGUUACCUUCAAGUACAGUUCACUUCUACCGAUGAACCGAAAAAAUAUUGGGUAGUUGUGUCUGAUCAUCGAGCUGAGGACAAAAAAAAGAAAGCUGAUUUGGCUUUUACUCGAGGUCAAGCUUUAUUCUACGAGACAAAAAAAUCAAAAAAACCUUUUAUGACACUAGCCAAUGUUCUUAAAACUUAUGCAAUUUACCCUGAAAAUCCUACGAUGAUUGAUAAAACUAUUUCUUUCCGUGUUGAAGGAACCCUUUUUCCAGCAAAGCCAACUGAAAGUAAACCCGGAGAUUUUGUCAUUUUAUCAGCUGAAUCCACUAAUGAGAUGGCAAAAUGGGUGAUAAGCUUUUUCGAUGGUUUCAAAAUGUAUGGUCGACCAAAAGAACUAUUAUAUGAUUUUAAAGAUCCAAUUUCUCCUUUUUUUGCUGUUCCAACUGGGAGAAAUAAUGUGAAGCUAUUUCUUGACCUUCACGAAGUAGAGCACUUAGAUAUGCGUGAACCUUUGGCUGAUGUUAAGGCCGCCUUCGCUGAAGUGUUACGACAAUCAUACCAACAUCAAGAUGGAUCUCAGCAAGCUCUUUUUGUUCUUAAUCAGCAGCAAUCCUCCAAUAUACCAAAAACCUUAAGCUCACCACCACAAAUUGUUACUGAUGGAUUGGCUGAUAAUUAUACACGCCAAAGAGCAAUGUCAAAUGAAUCAACUUCUGGCCCGAGUUCACAAUCAACUUAUAAACUUUCUGCACAAGGUACACCAAAAGAACCUGUACCUGUAUCAUCUCUAGCAAAUGAUGGAUUGACUUCAGGUAAAGGUAAAAAGCCUAAGCAAAUUGCAAGUAGUGACGAAUCGGAAGGAGAUAGCAGGAAAAAUAGUGACCAAUUGGAGAGUGAUAGUGAGGAAUCAGAUAGUGAUGGCGAAAAUGACCAUAAUGAUCCAGCAGUUCUAAAAAAUACACAAGAAAACGCAAAGGUUGCUGAAGAACACAGUGAAAAUAAUUUAGCUCUUAUGGUUGAUGAACAUAUCAAAUUAGGAUCAAGUUUUAAUUCUUUAAGUGGUGGCGAUCUUAUGUUAGAGAUUAUGAGUGCUGUAACAGACCGGAAUGAUGUCAAAUCAUCAGAAGAAACUAAUGAUGUUUUAAAGAAACAAUAUAAACCUAAAAGAAAUGUAUCAUUCAAAAAUCAACAUAAAAAGUCGGGCACGAAUCAUAAGCAAAAAGUGGCACCACUUCCAUCAGAAAGUGAAGAUAAUGAAGAGCUUUCAUCAGUAGGAACAAAUAGCGAUGAAAACGACAGUGACAAUGGAAGCAGUGAAGACAACAUGACUAUGGACAAAAAUAAAGAUAUACAGGUUAAUGUAAACCCAAGGAGUAAAAGACAUACAAGGACGGUUCCUCAACCGUCAGAUAGUAGUGAUAAUGAAGAAGAGGAGUCAGUCGAAGAUCAACAUAAAGGAGCAAUGCACUCACAACCGGUACGGCUACUGAAGCCGUAUGGAUCUAGUCGGUCGAAAUUCCAAGGCCGACGAACGAAAGAAGAAGAAUCAGAAUCAGAGAACGAGGCUCGUGCAGUUCAACCAAUUAAAAAUAAAUCACUUGGUAAUCAAGGUGAUUUUAAAGGAUCUUCACUAUUUAACAAAAAACUAGGUGUCCAACAUCGAGAUAGUUAUCAAUUCGAUUUGCCUAGUGUAGAUGUCAAUUUAAAUUUGGAUUUCGAAUCACUAUCUUUUAAUACAACGGUGGGAGAAAUAAAAGUAUCAAGUACUAAUGACAAAAAGGAGCUUAAGGAAUCAACUUCUGAGGAAGAAACCUCUGACGACGAAGUUAUUAAUAGGACGAAUAAAGUAUUUAAACCGACUAAACGAAAGAAUAAACAGAAGAUAAUAGCCAAUCAAUCAACGAAAUCAAGUGACGCCAGUAGCAGUGAUGAAGAGAAGGAGCCACUUGCAAUAUUAGUUGACGAAGUUAGAUUUAAUAGAUCAAACUUUGGUGCUUCUUCAAGGUCUGCAUCUCCUAAUUAUCCCCCAGGUCAACGAUGGGGCCAAUAUCAAAAUCACAACGGCCAUUAUGUAGAUAACAUAAAUUACCCAUCUAUAGAUAAUAGACGAAACGUUAUGAAUCAUCGUAGUGUCGAAUACUAUGAUGAUGACUAUAGUAGCUUUUCAAAUAGUAUGGGUGGUCGCCCUCGAUCAUUGGUCGGUCCUGGGCAUAUUCCUUCAAGCCGGCGUCGCGUAAGCGGUGGACAAAUGGAUUAUUCUCGUGAAUUUAUAUCUCAAGAUGAAGGGUAUUUAGACGACCGUGGAAAUCUGUUCUCAGCACCCAACCAUUUUCGUCCUAAUAGUCUUCUGGACUCUUUGCCUCAAUCCCAACCUUCUGCACGUGAGCAGGAGCAGAUGGCUCGUGAAACUGGUGCGCCUUUAAUUAAUUUACAAGACAAGCCAAAAGACCCACAAACUGGGUUAGUGGGUGCUAUUACGGCGAGAGAACAACAUAAAAAAGCCAUAGGGUCAGGGCUAUUAGCGAGAAAUGCAGAAUUAGAACGUGAGAGAGCAUUUGAUAGAGAACGCGAACGGAGGCUGAUGGAACAACGUCAGCAGAUGAUGAUGGCAGAAAGGGAAAGAGAUUAUAUGCAUUCGCGUCAAUCAUAUGUUGGUUCAAAUAGAUAUUACGCUAAUCAGCA